AGGGUUCGGGGAAACAGCUAUUUUCUGUGUUUUUCUUCGCCUUGGUUUAGCGGCCUUGGAACCCAUUUGUUUCCUGAGUACACAUACUGUACCUAUUUUGCACCCGUUGCCACAAUAUUUAGCCCAGAAAGCCUCGGUUUGGGGAUUCUGCCCCUUUUCGUGAGAUAUACAGGCAACCUCGCGCUCCAAUGGAUAACAUCUCAGAACUCAUUGAGAGACUCUCGAACGACGAAGUAUUCUAGUUUCCUUCCUACCCACGCCCCCCGGCUCUCUAGUUGACACUUUGUUAGGAUGCCGUUAAAAAAAUGGCGGUUUUCAAGCUCCAAUCCAAUAUCGGGGAUCCGUCGUUUGCCGAGAUAUUCAUAGCUCAAGGAGGACUCGCGAAGCUUCGGAAGCUAGCAUUAACAGCCAACGGGAAUACACUUGCCUACUCUCUAACGUCUUUUUCGAGGCUUUUGGAACUCGACAAAGGGUGGGACUUUGUCAAUUCUGAACUCAUUUCGCGGGUACUUACUUUCCGGUGCUCUCGGUUUUUUCUACGCACUGGGGCUCAGACUGAUGUCGUGCGGUUGGCAAAUUUUAGGUUGUGGAAUUAAUUGUCACACAUCCUCUCGUUAAUAUUCUUCGUGGCGCCAUGUCGAUACUCGUUUCCAUUGUUUCUCACCCACAUACGUCCUCGACCAGAGGUUCCUAUAACGGUCCGUUCGGAUUUCGAGCGCUAAAGCCUGCCAUUUCUAUGCACCCGCAGUUUUUGGAGAUGUUGGUUAGCAGGUUGUCAUCUGCGGACCAUGCUCUAUGUGCGAAUUCAUUACAACUCAUAAACUCUCUUAUGAGGGAUGCUAUCACCAAUGAUACGGACAACGAGUGGCCAAGGUUUAUUAAGAGAUUGCAAGAUUUGGGUGUUAUCAAGGCUGUCUUUGUACGACUCACUUUGCUAUGGACAGAGGGCUCUAUUUACGGAAUCGGUUGGCUGACAAUCCGGGCUACAGAUUCUUAUGCAAAGCUCGGCAUUGCAGGAUCUUGCGCAUCCAUUGUUGGAGUUCCAGGCAUUGACUAAAGUUUUGUUGCGGAGGUGGAGAGAUGUCAAAGUAGAUUUAGAAGUCAAGGAACAUCGGAUAGCUUUGAAGGGACUGCACCUAGCAAGUGCACCAGAGAGAUCAGAACCCGGGGCGGACCCGAAGGCAGACUCGCCAGCAAAGAAAAAACAUAAUCCGGAAAAAUGGAGGCGCUUAGGAUUCGAGACCGAGUCUCCAGCGUGGGAGUUUGGGGAAGUUGGAUUUCUAGGCAUGAUGGAUUUAACAGACUUUGUCAGGAAGGAUGAGGAUGGAUUCCGGAAGGUGCUCCUGGAACAAAACGCGAAACCAAUGGAGUAUAGAUGCCCAGUUGCUCGCGCGAGCAUCACUGUCACUUCGAUCCUCUACCAUCAAUUCCGGGUGGACAAAUCGGAGAUCGACGAUAUUAAGACUUAUCAAGUUCUCGAGUCACGAACGAAUUAUGAGAGGGCUUUUCGCCCGCUAUUGCUUCAGUGGUCAAGACUCCAUACCGGAGCUUUACUUGCAUUCAUCCGCCUCUGGAGGGAGACUGGAGCUAGCCUAGAGGAUUAUGAAAAGGUUACAGAGUUAUUGAAGGUGCUGAUCUACCACGUUAUUGGACAAGCCCCACGAACAAAAGAAGUCCAUGAGGUGGAAGAAGAGCUCGCGCUUUUCGAAUAUUUGCGUUUGCGAGACCUUCAAAUGGAGAUCCUAGAGAACACCUAUGAGAGUGCAUGGGGCAAUCAUCUGAAGUUGGUAUCCCUUUUCGGUUUGAUUUGUUGAAGUGCCAAUCUAACUCUCUUCCCGGUUGUAGGCAUGUGAGGGAAGAACUGAAAACCGAAGCCCUGCAAUUCGUCAAGGAGCAGCGCAUACGAUGUCUAUUACAUGGUGCAUGGUUUCCUGUAACGACUCGCAGAACGGAGGCGUCGGGGCUGAAGAUACAAAUCGAUAAUAAAAAGUCUACGAGUGGAUGGAGAUAUGUCCGACUUUCUCACAAUAGGAGGUAUCUCCAUUACUGCGACUAUGAGAACGAAACGGUAUAUGAACCUAAGCUAGAGGAACUCCCUGAAAAGAGUAGGUUAUCACACUAUCGAUAAUUGGAUGGGGACGCCCAGUCUAACUUAUCAAAUAGUCGACCUCUCAAUUGUCUCUAGUGUUGUGUCAAACGUGGUACCUGCAAGUAUUGAUUCCGGUUCGUCUCAUGGCACUUUGACCCAAGGAGCCUCCAAGCUUGCUAGUACCAAGAUAACAAUUCACGGAUACACCGACCCGAACCCACAGCGUGCAAAAGAAUCCGUACUGCUAGCUCUCGAUCCGCAAACCCAUAGCGUUGCAUCAGAGUGGCUAGACGGGCUAUUGAUGCUCCUGAACCAACAGCCCAUCACCUCCGAGACAUCAAAACUAAUCAAUGUGGUGACAAAUUAUGGGCUCAAGAUCAGACUUCUUAACGUGAGGUACACGGACGAUUUCCACACCAACCCUCCAGACCUUCCAUCAAGAGAUGGAGUAGAUGAUGAUUAUUACUACAGUUUGUUUGUUUAAUUAAUUUUCUUUGCUGGGUAGCUUUUUUCACUCGGGAUUCAUGCUUUCUUCGAUUCCCAGCCUUCGGGUUUACUUUUUUUACUUUGUU